AUGAACGGCCAGGAAACAACAACCACCUCUCCAUUUCCCAGUCCAGGCGAAGAGUCCAAGUUUUCCUUGACGACAACUACGACUGGUGAAUUGGUGGUUCGCCAUGGUUCCUCGUUGAGUCUCAUGUCUCAAGUGUGCGCGUUUCUGGCCAAUCCAGUGCAAGACGAUGCUUUCAACUACGUGGAUCCAACGGCCGAUCAUCACAAAUGGGCUCGUCGUGGAAUGCAACUCUACUAUGCCGCCGUGGUGGAUUCUGCGGAUCCGACGAACAUUUUGUGCGCCCUGAGAGCUGCCACGCAAGGAAUCAUGGUGGACGCCACGACGGACGCCAAGAAACGCCAACGGAGUCAACGCCAACGCUUUCUGAUUGACUAUGUGUACACGGCACCCACCAGUCGCGACAAGGGCAUUGCGGGAUUACUGGUGCGACAAGUAUUGGAAUUGGCACAGAAUGGCACCACCUGCUACGUCUUGUCGACGGAAGACUCUAGUGACGACACCAUCGACAGCGCGACAGCAGCACCACCCGAGUCCUUUCAACAACCAUUGGCAGUGCUCUUGGCGCAAUCGCCUGCUUCUUCCGGUGCGCAACUCUCACUCUGCUUGCGCACAUUGGCCACGUUGAUUCGCAAUGCCAUGGCAGCCGAUGACACGGACGAUCGCAAAAAGUGCAAAAUUCGAAUCAACAAUGCACAAGUACACAAACGGGUUUUUGCCGUCGGUAAAGAUGCCGCCAUGCAGUUACUACAAGCAUGUGGAUUUGAAUUGGAAGUGGACGAUGACGGGGAUGCCGCGCUUCACUAUCAUUCGUCGUCCUCACAAGCGUCUUGGCUGGAGGCGGGUAUUGCGCAGUUGGAGGAAAAAGCUACAACAAACGCAUAA